AUGCCAGCAGUUCGGCAUUGUUCCAGAAUUGACACUUUUGAGCUGAAACUUCACAUGGAAAGAAGACUCGGAUCACAAAAAGCUCAAAAGUACUUCAAUCUUCUCACCAGAUACUUAAGUCAAAAGCUCAGAAAACCAGAAUUCAACAAGCUUUGUAUCAGUUUAAUAGGUAGAGAAAAUCUUCGCCUCCACAAUGAACUCAUCAAAUCACUUCUCAAAAACGCAACUCUUUCCAAAACACCUCCAAAGAAAGUCAACACCAACAACACUCUUAGUCAACCUUCUUCACGAUUUGCUAAUGAAAGAAAGGUUAAAGCUCACCAAAGUCAACAACAAAGUGCUAUAGAGCUUUUUUCUUUAGGUAGCAAACCACCUAUUGAAGUAAACUCAGUUGAAGAUGGUGAAGAAGUUGAACAGAUUUCAAUAAGUCCUGGAAUCCAUAGUCGAAGCCCAGUUAAAGCUCCAUUUGGAAUCAAAAUCCACUCAAAAGACUCAAAAAAAGUUCUUUCCAUUUCUUCACCUUUUCACACGUGUCAUUACAACUCUCAGUUACCACCUACAUCUUCUUUAUCUACCAGAUUGAAACACAAGUUGAAAACAGAAGGUCUUGAUAUUACCAUGGAUUGUGUCAACUUAGUCAACAGCGGGUUAGAUUCUUUCUUGAAAAGGGUUAUAAAGCCAUGUUUGGAGUUACGUAGAUCAAGAUCUUUGAAGAAUCAAGAAAGAUUGUUUCCAUUUUCAUCAUCCAUGGUGGAUCUUCGUGUGGUGACAGAGUCAAAUUCCAAGAUUCUUGGAGAAGAUUGGGGGAUUGAACUUGAGAAGAUUUGCUUGUUUGAAAGCAGAUAA